UAAACUACUUUUUACAAAGAAACGUUCAAGUUUUACAAUGAUACAUCCUUUUGCUAAUGUUUGUUUUGUAGGAGAAGUAAAAAAUCCUGGUAAAACAAUUCCCAAAACUUUGAUUUCUGGUACGUCUACUGUGGCUGUCUUAUACAUACUGACUAAUGUGUCCUACUUGGCAGUUUUGUCUCCUCAGGAAAUCAUCUCCUCAGAUUUUAUUGCUGGCAUAUGGAUAGACAGAGUGUGCCCUUUCAUGCAGUGGGUCAUUUCUUUGGUGAUUUCCCUCUCAAUAUUGAACUCUACUGUCUGUGAAAUACUUUCAGCAUCACGGGUCAUCUACUCUGCGAGCCGAGAAGGACAGCUGCCUUUCCUCUUCUCCAUGCUUAACAACCACAGCUGCCCAGUUGUAGCUGUCACUAAGAUCAUCAUCCUAUCUUCUGUGGUAAUAAUUCCUUCAAACUUAAUCAAGUUAAUCAAAUACUUGAUGUUGGCAAGCUCACUUGUCGAAGUACUAUACACGAUAGCUUUACUUAAACUGAGGUACCGGGAGCCCCAUCUACAUAGGCCUUACAAGGUAAAUCAAAACAACGGCUUUACAUUUCUCCUUGCUUUACAUGAAUAAUAUCGUUUCAGCUGUGUAUGUGCCUCUCACCAAUUGUGAUACCAAUCUUCAAAACAUUUAAUAUAGGUCUACAGCUUAUGGAUAUGGAUCAUUCUGCUUGUUUUUUAUUAUGUAAAAGCUUAGGACUAAUUCUUCAGAGAAAAAUAAAUGUCAUUUUCUUCAACUUUCCUAGACUAUGCAAUAAUGAGAGGAUGGUAAAAUUUUGUACAUGCUCAGAAGUAUCUCCUUAGUUAACUGCCCAAUAUAAAUUAUUUACCCUUAUCUUCUUUCUAUAUGUACCUAAUUUCUGUAAGAUGAUAAUGAAAUCAUCAAUUAGGUGAUUUUAAACUUUUUUUCAUUUUAUUAACAAGAUAGAAUCACUACUAUAAACUCUUAGAACAUUUUUUGUUCACAGGUUUAAAUUUUAUGAUUGGAACUAAACACAUCAAUCAGAUGUGCUUUACAACUGACCUGUAUACACAGAGCCCAGCAUAUGUUCCCUGAAAUAAACUGUCCACUAGUGAGCUGCAGUCCCAAGGUGAGGCAAAGCCUAGUGUGCUAAACAAAGAUAGAUGUCAACAUAUAUUUGCCAUUAUGAUAUGUGCAGCCAGCCAUGUUUAAUGUAAGCUUUUUCUU